AUGUCUUUAAAGUCGAGAGAAGAAGAAGAAGAGGAAGAUGUUGCCAACAACCUUUUGGAAAGACAACAGGAACGAGAACAACAACCGAAUCAAUCAGGUUUAAUGAACACCGCCGCGUUCUUUUCCAACUUUGGAGAGACGUUUUCUCAAGUAUCGAACAUCGCCAAAGAAAAGGCGGAGAUUCUUAAGGAGCAAAUGCGCCUGGCGCAAACAACAACCACCUCUUCGUCGCGAAAAGAACAUUUUGGAGAACAAGAACGAGAGGAGGAACAGAAGAAUCAACAAGCAGGAGCAGAAAAAAAGAAAAACAAAGGCGAUUACGUUCGAUUACCGAUCGAAAGCGCGAAACGGCUGAGAGCGCUCGAUACCCGAGAUGUGAACGAACUGGAAGUGUUGCACAAAGCGCAAAUCGCGAAGGUUUUAGCGGAGAAUGAACUUCUGAGAGAAAAAUUGAAACAGUUAACGACGAGCGAAAACGGAGAGGAGGAAGGGAAGGAAAACUUUGACGCGGCGAGCAAGAAAUGCGCGGAAAUCGAGACGGCGACGAACAGAGUUCUCGUCGUUGGACUCAAAGAGCAAGUUAACGAGUUGGAAACAGAGAUGAAGGAAAUCGAGGAAGAUUUAGAAGUUUCUCGAGAAAAUACAAAGAAAUGUAAACGCGUGUUGGAAGACGUGGAAGCGAAUUACCAGACGUGCCAAACGCAAAGAGACGCGUUGAAACAAGAAGUGGAGGAUUUGAGGAAAGAGUUGGUCAAAGCCUCUUCGCUCAGUGCGAAACUGGAAGAAGAAAAACUUGAAAUGCAAAAGGAAAUGAAAGAGAAGACGGUCGAACCACCCCCACCACCACCACCACCAAGAGAGGAGGAAAAAGAUGCCACAUCUGACGUCGCCGCGAAGAAAUUACAAGAGGAGUUGAAAUCGAAGGAGGACGCCAUCGCGUCGCUGAAAGACCAACUGGCAAAAAUGACUGAAAACGCUAAAGUGUCCGCGUCGAAAAAGAACGAAGAAGACUCGAAAAAAGACCAAACGCUUCAAUCAAAACACGAGAAGAAACUAAAAGUUAUGGAAGAUACGGUGUCGCAGUGGAAAAAAGCAGCCUCGGAAAAUCUCUCCCAAGGGGAGACGAAACUCGAAAAAGCGCUCGAAGAAGCGCGAGAGGAGAAGAAACAGUUUCAAUCGGAAAUCAAAACGCUCGAGUCGAGAGUGAAAGAGGCGGAAGAAACGGCGAAAAAGUUUGAGACUUUAGCAAACGAUGCCAUGGAUUGGGGGAGACAACUCGAAAGCGAAGCGAACGAAACGGGCACGAAACAACUCGAGGAGAUGAAGGAAAAAUUAAAGGAAUCAAAAGAAACUUCGCGAGAAUAUUCUCGUCGAGUUCGCGAACUCGAACAGGAGUUAGUAACGACUAGAGAUGAUUUACAGGACGCUAAAACAGUCGCGAACGAAUCGAAAACGAAAAGCGAAACGAAACUCGCGGCGAUUGAGCAACAGCUAAAAAGCAUGAAGGAGCAAAAAGACGAUUUUGAAAUGCAAAAGAACGAGGCGGUAUCGGAGAUGGAAGCGAUGCGUUUGGACAUGGAGUUGGAGUUCGAACAGAGAUUGGAACAAAGAUCGGACAAGACGAAAGAGAACGCGCGAUUAGAAAUUGAACGAAAGGAUCUGCUGAAUAGCUUAGAAUUGAAAGAGAAGGAGUUAAAAAGGUGCUUGCAAUCGUUUGAAGGGAAAGCGAACGAGUUGGACGAGGCGAAGAAAGAAUUGAGCGAGUUUAAGAGAGAAUAUUCAGCGCUCGAGAAUCAAAUGAAAACGAUAGUUUCGGAACAAAAGCACAACAACGCCGCAGCUUCUUCUCAUUCAGUGUCUUCCUCGCGAGAAGAGGAGGACGAAAUGUCGUUGGUAUCGUCGUUGGAAACCGCGUUGAAACGAGCGAAAGAAUCGAAAGCGACCGCGAUGGAUACGAUUAAGGAGUUGAAGAAAGAACUGGAAACGUUGAAACUUGAGUUUGACGCGUGGCGAAAGAAAGCGAGAAAAAUUAUGACGGAAAAAGACGCCGAGUGCGACGAGUUACGAAAGUUAAGUGGUACUGGUGCUGGUGCUGGUGGCGUCAUCGGUUCGCGAAAUUCAAGUUUCAGCUCGCUUAAAGCCGGAGACGACAAUAACGUUACCAGUAGCAAUAGAGGAUUAGACAAGCAAGAGUUUGGGUACAUCAAAGCUGUAGUUUUGAAAUUCUUGAUGUGCGACGAGUGGACGCAACAAGAGGCGGUGUUGAAAAUUAUUAUAUCGCUGUUUAACAUUGACGAAGAUCCCUCGCAGUUGAAGAAAGUUCGCGACGCGAGGCGGUUCUUGGAACCUACGCCGAUAUCGACCGCGGAGGUUUCUUUGGCGAAAUACAGCGAAGAGAGCGUGAAUUAUUUCACGAACGACAUUCUUGGCUACGGCGACAUUAUUUAA